AUGACUGACCAUAACAUCAAAGAAUGUCAAAAAUCUCUUGACUUUGUGCUAGGCUGGUUUGCCAAACCCAUAUUUAUUGAUGGUGACUAUCCUGAAAGCAUGAAGAAUAACCUUUCAUCUCUUCUGCCUGACUUUACUGAAUCUGAGAAAAAGUUCAUCAAUGGGACGGCUGACUUUUUUGCUCUUUCCUUUGGACCAACCUUGAGUUUUCAGCUCUUGGACCCUGGCAUGAAGUUCCGCCAAUCAGAAUCUCCCAGCCUGAGGCAACUGCUCUCCUGGAUUGACCUUGAAUAUAACCACCCUCAAAUAUUUAUUGUGGAAAAUGGCUGGUUUGUCUCAGGGACCACCAAGAGAGAUGAUGCCAAAUAUAUGUAUUAUCUCAAAAAGUUCAUAAUGGAAACCUUAAAAGCCAUCAGGGUGGAUGGGGUCAAUGUCAUUGGGUACACGGCGUGGUCCCUCAUGGAUGGCUUCGAGUGGCACAGAGGCUACAGCAUCAGACGUGGACUCUUCUAUGUUGACUUUCUAAGCCAGGAUAAGAAGUUGUUGCCGAAAUCUUCAGCCUUGUUCUACCAAAAGCUGAUAGAGAAAAAUGGCUUCCCUCCUAUACCUGAAAAUCAACCCCUAGAAGGGACAUUUCCCUGUGACUUUGCUUGGGGAAUUGUUGACAACUACAUUCAAGUAGACACCACUCUGUCUCAGUUUACCGACCCGAAUGUGUACCUGUGGGACGUCCACCACAGUAAGAGGCUUAUUAAGGUGGACGGGGUCGUGACCAAGAAGAGGAAAGCCCACUGCGUGGACUUGGCCGCCAUCCGGCCCCAGGUCGCCUUACUCCUGGAGAUGCACGUCACGCAUUUCCGCUUCUCGCUGGACUGGGCGCGGAUCCUCCCCCUGGGGAACCAGUCGCAGGUGAACCACACGGUCCUGCACUACUACCGCUGCGUGGUCAGUGAGCUCGUCCGCGCCAACAUCACGCCGGUGGUGGCCCUGUGGCAGCCUUCCGCGCCGCACCAUGGCCUGCCGCGCCCCCUGGCCAGGCAGGGCGCCUGGGAGAACCCGCACACGGCCCUGGCUUUUGCAGAAUACGCCCGACUGUGCUUUAAGGAGCUGGGCCACCGCGUCAAGUUCUGGAUCACGCUGAACGAGCCGUACACGCGCAACAUGACCUUCAGCGCCGGCCACAACCUGCUGAGGGCGCACGCGCUGGCCUGGCGCGUGUACCAUGACCAGUUCAGGCCGGCGCAGAGCGGCCGCAUCUCCAUAGCUCUGCAGGCGGACUGGAUAGAACCGGCCUGCCCGUUCUCCCAAAAGGACAGAGAGGUGGCAGAGAGAGUUCUGGAAUUUGACAUCGGCUGGCUGGCUGAGCCCAUUUUUGGCUCUGGCGAUUAUCCACGUGUCAUGAGGGACUGGCUGAACCAAAGAAAUAAUUUCCUGCUACCUUAUUUCACUGAAGACGAAAAGAAGCUCAUCCAGGGUUCCUUUGACUUUUUGGCUUUAAGCCAUUACACCACCAUCCUUGUAGACUGGGAAAAAGAAGAUCCAAUCAAAUAUAAUGAUUACCUCGAAGUGCAAGAAAUGACUGACAUCACGUGGCUCAACUCCCCUGGUCAGGUGGCCGUGGUGCCCCGGGGCUUACGCCAAGUGCUGAACUGGCUCAAGUUCAAGUAUGGGGACCUCCCCAUGUACGUCAUAGCCAACGGGAUCGAUGACGACCCGCGUGCCGAGCAAGACAGGUUGAGGGCGUAUUAUAUACAGAGUUACAUCAAUGAAGCUCUCAAAGCCUACUUAUUGGAUGGUAUCAACCUUUGUGGAUACUUUGCUUAUUCAUUUAACGAUCGCACAGCUCCGAAGUUUGGUCUCUAUCGUUACGCUGCAAAUCAGUUUGAGCCAAAACCGUCCAUGAAACAUUACAGGAAAAUUAUUGACAACAAUGGUUUCCCAGGCCCUGAAACUCUGGGAAGAUUUUGUCCGGAAGAAUUCACCCUGUGCACCGAGUGCAGUUUUUUUCAUACCCGAAAGUCUUUACUGGCUUUCAUAGCUUUUCUUUUUUUUGCUUUUAUUAUUUCUCUUUCCCUUAUUUUUUACUACUCUAAGAAAGGCAGAAAAAGUUACAAAUAG